AUGAGGCUCCAGGAAGUCGCCGAAGACGAUAUCACUUUCAUGGAGGAGGAUUCAGACGGAUUGCUGCUACCGCACAAUGACGCACUAGUAAUUUCUUUAAAUGUGCUAGAUUUUAAAAUUAGACGUGUUCUGGUGGAUCCAGAAAGUUCAACUAAUAUCAUACAAUGGGGAGUAUUGGAGCAAGCUAAACUCAACGGAAUCAUCAUUCCGGCCAUAAAACUCCCCACCAGAUGCAACCUCGCGAGCGUGACAACCCGAGGAGAGAUUUUGUUAUCCAUGAACACCGAAGAAGUGAUGAAAACAACUUUUUUUGAAGUGGUAGAUGGUGAUAUGGGAUAUAACAAUAUUCUGGGAAGACUAUGGUUGCACGAGAUGAAAGUUGUACCGUCAACAUAUCAUCAAGUGCUGAAGUUUACAACGUCCGAAGGAGUUAAACAGAUAAGGGGUGACCAACCGGCGGCACGGGAGAUGAAUGCAAUUUCGGCCUCCAGCAGCAAAGGGAAAGAACACGCGGCAUAG